GAUUCAGACGAGAAUCCACCCACUAACAGCUGAUUUGUCAAAGUUCAGAUUUUGUGUUUGUUUUCAUUACAAGAAAAAAUCCUAUUUGAGUUAUUUUCUCCAUCUGGAGCGAUUAAAAUGCCCAUCCUGUACAACACAGGUGACUGGUUCACCCUCGGACAUGGGAACACGUACCGGAAGAUUGAGCUGUACAACAUGGAAUGGCCGGAAACUGACUUGGAGAACAUGAUUGUCUGUGCCGCCCCAUAUGGGGGCCCAAUGGCUGUUGUGAAGGAUUUUACAAAGUUCGUAAAGGUCACAGGGUCCACCAAGCCAGUCAUCCGGAUUUUCACAGCAUCUGGACAUUUGAUUUCUUCGAUAAAUUGGAACAGUGGAAAUCUCCUGGCUAUGGGAUGGUCAGAGUGUGAGGAGUUAAUUUGCGUUCAGGAUGAUGGACUUGUUCUCAUCUACGAUAUGUUUGGAGUCUACCAGCAUACCUUUAGCAUGGGUCAGGAGGCUAAAGAUACCAAAGUGAUUGAUGCGAAGAUUUUCCCAUCUGGUUCAGGAACAGGAGUCGCCGUGAUGACAACCAAUUUCCGCGUUUUCCUGGUGAAUAGUGUGAAGGAGCCAAAGAACAGACAACUUCCGGAAAUGCCAAAAUCCAUUGCAGAUCCCAAUUGCUGGGACAUUGUAACGGAAGAGAGGAAUACCUUUGCCCUCGUGUCACGAGAUAGGGAGAUCUUUAAGCUCCAUCAGGGUGAUAGUGUGUGCAUGUUGCAGAAUAUCUCCAUGCAGAGUGAUUACAAGUUCUUUGUCACAAUGGCUGUCUCCUUCAAUCAGAGAGAUAUAGCCCUGUACACAAAUACCGGACACAUCUGGAUGGGAUCGUCGAACUUGAAGACAAAGUACUGUGAAUUCGAUACAGGACGCUCAGAGCGUCCCAAACAGCUUGCCUGGUGUGUGGACGUUGAGAAUAGUCGACAGGCAGACGCCCUAAUUGUCACCUAUUCCUCCUUAUUGCUCGUAAUUGGCAUCAGUGGGGAUUCCAAUGUCUACACAUACGAUCCAGCGAUAUUUCUCAUUCCGGAAAUGGACUGUGUGCGCGUACUCACAAACAGUUGUCACGAAAUGAUUCAAAAAGUCCCAAAAUGCGUCACAAAUAUCUUUGCAAUUAACAGCCAGGAAUCAUCGAGCUUCCUCUUUGAGGCUCACAAGAAAUUCCGCGAGAAGAGUCAUCAAUCGGAUGAAUAUCUCUGCCUCAUAAAGGACACCUUGGAGCAGGCUGUAGCUGAAUGCGUUGAAGCGGCGGGCUAUGAAUUUGAUCCUGAAACCCAAAAGAGUCUCAUAAGGGCGGCAUACUUCGGGAAGGCCUUCUGUGCAUGCCACAAUCCCGACAGCUACAACCUCAUGUGCCGCAUUCUGCGUGUUCUCAACUCAAUUCGUCAUCCCAAAGUUGGAAUCCCGCUCACAUAUCGCCAGUUUAAUCAUCUAAAACCAAAUGUAAUUCUCGAUCGAUUGGUGUUCAGGAAGCACUACGCCCUCGCCAUACAGAUUGCUAAGCACCUGAAACUUCCGGAAUCGAGAAUUUUGGAACACUGGGCUCUACAUAAAGUUAUCUAUGAUAAAAACGAUGAGGAUGUUGCCAGGAAAAUUGCAGAGAAAUUCCGCAAUCCCAUCGCUUUGGGCGUUUCCUUUUGCACAAUUGCGAAGAAGGCACAGGAAAUUGGGAGGACCAAACUGGCCAUUAUGCUUCUGGAUCAGGAACCCAAAGCCAGUGCUCGUGUGCCGCUGCUGCUGAAAUUGGGUGAGAACAAAAAGGCCCUCCUCAGUGCAACACAUUCCGGUGAUACAGAUCUCGUCUACAUGGUGCUGCUGCAACUCAAGGAGACAACACAAUUGGCGGAUUUUCAGAUGACAGUCCGAUCAUUCCAAAUGGCACAGAAUUUAUUCAAAAAAUACUGCCAGCAGUACAAUGUGUCGGCUCUGAAGGAUAUUUUCACGCAAGAAGAUGAUUUUGCGUCACAAGCUGAAUUUACGCUGCGUGAAGGAUUCGCCGAGAUGGCUGGCCUGGAGACGGCUCUCUCGAUAACAGCGAAUGCCUACAAGAAGGCUCACAGGGAAAUUGAGGCUGAACUGUGUGAGGAAGGGAGGAAGCUCAUAAAGCAACAGAAGGUCUUCAGUGAAAAAUAUUCAACUUCAUUCUACGGUCUGUCUGUGCAUGAGACCAUCAAGCAACUCCUAACGCUGGGCGAUCUGAAGACAGCUGAAAAGUUCCGGAAUGAAUACAAAGUCCCCGAUAAGCGAUACUGGUGGCUGCGUAUUCAAGUUCUCUCCGACAACUACCAGUGGGAUGAACUUGAGAAAUUUGCCAAGAUUAAGAAAAGUCCCAUCGGGUAUGAGCCUUUUGUGGAAAUGUGCAUUAAGCAGAAGAACACGGAUGAGGCACGAAAGUAUCUGCUGAAAUGUCGUGAGGAUAGAAAAGUUAAAUGGUACAUCAGAGCUGGACUUUCGAAAGAAGCAGCUUUGGCGGCUUUUGACCUCAAGGAUCUCCAAAGUCUCUACAUUAUUCACAUGAAUGCGUCAAAAACAAAUGAUCGCCAGCUAAUAAACACCGUUGAGAAUUACAUAAAUCAAUUAUCACCUAAAAAAUAAAGUAAAUUUCAUAUUAUACUCACAAUGAUGAAUAAAUAUUUGGAAAAAGAGAACCAGAGAGCGUAAAAUGGAAUUUUACUGAAAUAAAAUUUAUAAGUUUA